CUUAUUUACUGUACCUGUUGUGUGUCCUGAUUGGUAUUUUCGAUGGAGGACUGAACCAUUGCACAAUUGAAGUUAACUUCAACUUCAAGUCCGACAGCUGACUUCUUUUCUUUCAACAGUAUUUGAGUAUAGUAGUUGAGAAUGUUGGCCAACAAAUUACCACAGCAGCUGGUAUCCAGCUCUCCAAGAGUCUUAAAUGUAGUUCAAAGAGGAGCACACAGAGCAUCCACAGAAGUUGCAAGAAUGAUACGAGUCAACCAUGCUGGAGAACUUGGAGCCGACCGUAUAUAUGCUGGUCAGAUGGCUGUUCUUGGCAAUACACGCAUGGGGAAAGAGAUCCAGCACAUGUGGGAUCAAGAAAAGAAACACAAAGAAAAGUUUGAAGAAUUGAUUAGCAAGCACAGAGUAAGACCAACAGCAUUAGUGCCAAUCUGGAAUGUGGCUGGCUUUGUGCUUGGAGCUGGAACAGCUUUACUUGGGCCUAAGGCAGCAAUGGCCUGUACGGUGGCAGUUGAAUCUGUCAUUGUUGAGCACUACAAUGAUCAACUCAGAACACUAAUGGCCGAUCCUAAUGCUGACAAAGAGCUUUUGGAUGUAAUUCAAAAGUUCCGUGACGAAGAACAGGAACACCAUGAUCUCGGGCUGGAGCAUGGAGCAGAACAGGCUCCAUUUUAUGAAGGGCUCACAAAGAUCAUUUCACUUGGAUGCAAGGCAGCUAUUACACUAUCAAAAACUGUUUAGUUGUAGGGUUGAAGUUGAAACCAGCAUUUGAACUGACUGAGAUAAUGUUAUGUUAGUUACCAUAUUUCACUAUUACAUGUUAAAACAUAGAUCCACAG